CAUUUUCGUCUCUUUCUGAUAAUUAUAGAGAGAGAAAGUAGUUGCUAUGAUUUUUUUUGCAGUCGACAAUGAACUCUACGGAGAGUUCUUGGAGAUCGAGCCCUGUAACAAUGGGUGGGAGGUUUUGUGCUUCUUUCAUACCAUUCUUCUCCAUAAUUGAAGGUCUGGUGUUCGCUGUAGCCAAUUUCUGCAGUAUUCACCGCACCCACCACCACAGGAAAUUACGGUACGGGCUCAGAGAGCUGACGCAGCUCGCCGGUGAAACGCAAUUUACUGUUAAUGAAGUGGAGGCUUUGUAUGAGUUGUUUAAGAAGUUAAGUAGCUCAAUUAUUGAUGAUGGCUUGAUUCACAAGGAAGAGCUCCAAUUAGCACUUCUCAAGUCUCCAUGUGGCCAGAACCUUUUUUUAGACAGGGUAUUUUAUCUUUUUGAUGAAAGGAAAAAUGGUGCAAUUGAGUUUGAUGAAUUUGUCCGUGCACUCAGUGUCUUCCAUCCCUAUGCCCCAAUUGAAGACAAAAUAGAUUUUGCAUUUAGGCUGUAUGACCUGAGGCAAACCGGAUUUAUUGAGAGAGAAGAUGAUUUUAGCUGAUUGGGUUUAUUGUAAAGGCCGCUUGUGUUGGCUUGUUUGUUUUGUUACAAAGAUAUUCCAGGGUCAUGAAAAUUUCACAUAUUUGAAGGGGGGUGUAGAGAGGAAUCAAAAUCAAUCUCUGAAUCACAUGUUUGUUGUAGUUUUGACGAGUGGCUGCCUGAAAUUUUCAGGAUGUUAUUGGCCUCUGAUCUUAAAGUUAUGCUAGAUGCUCUAACCCAUACUCUAGCAUUUAAUUGGAUAAUAGCUUUCAGUCAUGAACUUCUCCUACUUUAUGAAUAAAGAAUUAUAAAUUGGAUUUAGACCCUUGGAGUAAGGGAAGUCUACAUGGCUUGCUCUUGUUUUGCUAGGUAAUUAAGUGCUUAGUCAUUAGUAUUUUUGUAGGUUUAUUAUUCCUGUAUGAUAUUUGUGAUAUCUUAUAGCGGUUAAGAGAAGAAGUUCCUGACAAAAUAUGCAAUAGUCUCCUCUUAAUUAUAUGUAUGCAUUUUGAGGGGAGGGAGGGAGAGGGGAGGUGUUUGAUUGUGAUAUCCCUCUUUAAGUUUUUAAGCACAUUUUAAAGCUGUGAGCGGAUAACAUCUAUACAAGUAGAGGAAGCAGGUCGUUACAUAUGAAACUCAUAAUCUAAAAGAAGUC